CGACCAGAUAUAUUUAUCGUAUUUAGUGCAAUAGUGGCUUUUAUAUCACUGCAAGGAGCAAAAACCGACUCUAAAAUCACCAGAUUUGAAUCCCAUUGAACAUUUAUGGGAUAUCCUCCAGAAAAGGACCACAUAUCCUCGAAGGAAUUCUUAAAAACCGCAUUAAUACCUGAAUGGGAUUCAAUUGAUGCUGACGAGACGAGCAACUCCAACUCAUGGGUGUACGAAUAAAUUAUCUGCCGACUGUAUGUACAUAAAUUCUAAUGAAGUUCUUGACUGAGCGGCUGCCUAUCGAGCUCACUAGUCAUAACGUUUGUCCGUCUGCGAUUAACCUUAAUUUCGAUGAACGAAGCCACACAACUACGCUUGGUCUUCUUUGAAUACUGGCUUACAUCAGCAUAUCAUUGACAGUUAUGGAGCGCUGGAAGAACAAACUAGCUGUUGUAACGGGUGCUAGUGGAGGCAUAGGAGCAGCUUGUGCCCGGGCCAUGGUCGGAGCUGGUCUGCGUGUUGUUGGCCUGGCCCGCCGGGAAGCAAAACUAAAAGAGCUAAGAGAGAGUCUGCCUACGCAUCUGCAGACUAACUUCAUUCCACGGAGAUGCGAUGUUUCUAAUGAACAGCAAGUUGUAAGCUCCUUCGAGUGGAUCGAACGGGAGCUAGAAGGCGUAGACGUCCUGCUCAACAAUGCUGGCAUUACACGCGAGACGGAACUCGUUAAGCCGGGUAACACCCAGAAACUAAAGGAGGUUCUUGACACCAAUGUGAUGGGUGUGAUAUGGUGUACGCGAGAGGCGUUUAAAAAUAUGAAGCGGCGGGAUAACGAGGGUCAUGUGCUAAUCAUCAACAGCAUCGCCGGACACCAGGUGCUCAAUUUCAUAGACGUGCUGCCCUCCUUUAAUAUCUACCCGGCCACCAAGUUCGCUAUCACGGCUAUCACAGAGACUUACCGGCAGGAGUUCCAGCUGCACUCAAACAAAAUCCGGGUAACUGGAAUAUGUCCUGGGGCUGUCAACACGAACAUAUUCCCGGAGCAGAUCCAUUUCUAUGUGAAGGACAUGGCCAGACUGGAUCCAGCGAAUAUUGCCGACGCAGUGAUGUACGCCUUGUGUACCCCUCCUCAUGUUCAGAUUCACGAAAUUACUUUGAAGCCUAUGGGAGAAAUGUUUUGAGUUUCAAACUGACGAAAAAUAAUGUUGAAAAGUGGAAAGAUAUUUUUCUUUUCCUAUAGCUAACUGUUCUUAAUAUUAUUAUUCUAAUUGUUUUUUUUUUUAGAUUUUUUUUUGCAAACUCUUUGCGUUCAAAAAAAGAUAAAGCUUUUAAGGCUAGUUUGAAAGAAGAAGAAACGCUAUAGUCGACUGCCGCGACUAUAAGAUACCAGAAAGCAUGUUAAGUAACUGAUGGUGACUUCACUGUCCAUGUGCGGCC